AUGAGGAUUCAUCCUUAUGGAUGUAAUUUCAGCCUAAAGGCGGCCAAGCAUGAUGAUGAUGAUGAUGACAAAGCCUCCGGAUCAGCUCCUCUUGUGGUGCUCAACAGCCUUUCUGGCCAAGGGAAACAUCUGAAGCUUAUGGCACAGAUGUUGCAGAAUAUGUUUCCCACAAUUAACUGGAUCACGGUGUUAUAUUUGUGCGCGCCCCCAACUGCCGCACUCCACGGAAUUCUCUGGAAUUUCCGCCUAACCAUCCAUCCGAGAAGACCACGAGGGGGAAAGAUUUUUUUUGUCCUCCGACCCGGACAUGCCGGCAGGAGCCCCCAACUAGAUUCUAACCCAUUCUCAUCUGCAUACGCAGAAUUGAGUGAACAAGCCCGAAAAGUUGCUGAACGCGAGCUCCGUGAAACGCCUGAACGGAAAAAGGAAGCUAUUGGAGAGCUAAAGCGUCUCCUAGAUCAGGAAAAGGACCUCAGCUAUCCCGAUAAUGAGUUCUGGCUCGUGAAAUUCCUGCGAAAGUGCAAAUUUUAUCCCGAAAGUGCUUUUGAAAUGAUCAAGAAAUACUUCACAUUAAAGGCAGAAUAUCCGGAUUAUUUUACUAAUUGGAAACAUACUUAUCUCGAGGAUUUUAUAAAGGCAGAAUUGGGUGUAACAAUGCCUCGCCGUGAUCACAAGGGACGACGUAUCGUUAUAGGACGUAUAAAUGGGAACAUGGAAAAUCCUUUUAGUAUCAAUGAUUUUAUAAGCGGACUAUAUCCACUUUUUGAGAUAUUUUGCACUGAAUCCGAUACUCAAGUGAAUGGUAUUGUAGUAAUUAUUGAUCUUAAGGAACUUUCCUUGAAACAUCUCAAGCAUCUAACUCCAUCAAUGAUACAAUUCUUAAUAAGAUACGCUCAAUAUUGCAACCCUCUUCGUGUAAAGGGUAUUCAUAUUCUCAAUGAAACCUCCAUCAUUGAUGCCACCUACACAAUCGCCAAGAAUUUCCUCACUGAAAAGCUACGCGACCGAAUCUACUUUCAUGGAAAUGAUCUUCAAUCUCUUCACGAAUAUAUUCCUCCGAAUUGCCUGCCAAAGUUUCUCGGAGGAACCAUUGGUGUUGAUCUUCAUAAAAUGGCCCAAACUGCAGAUCUUUCUGAAAAAAUUGCACCCAUUAUGAAUGUAGUUCACAAAGAAAUUUCAGAAAUUAAUUCAUAUGGUUAUGGAAAGGGAAAUGUGAUUGAAAUCACCCACUUUUGAUGAAUUCUUGACAUUUUAUUUGAGGUCGUGGAUGAUUUUUAGUCCUGAUUUUAGCAAGAAUUGAUUUUAAAUAGUAUUGAAUAAAAUGUAUUUUUGGA